UUUUAUUAAAUAGAAACUUCCUAUCAGGAACUCCCUGACAACUUUUUGUUUCAAUGCCAUUUUCAGGAUGCCCUUUUUUAGAUCGCAAUCAAAAACAAAAGAGUGUGUGACAAAUGAUGGCUACAUAAUAAAGCCAGAACUCGCAGCAUUCGAAAAAGUUUUCAAUGAAUGAAAAAAAAGCGUAGACCUUCAAAAUGACGAACUCAAGCAAUUAACCUCUGUCAGGGUAUACAAAUGCGAAAAAUGGAUUUCUGCGAGGGCCACAAAACGAUUUCAGAACUUUUGCCUUGGCAAUUGCGAAAUGCCAAAAUGCGAAACACAUUUCGGGUUCAAGUUGCUGAUGGUGAUUGUUGCCGCUGCAAAUGCCACCGCUGCUGGUGCUGCUGCUGAUGUUUUGGAACUUAUCAACACGCCGAUCACCUGCGACAGUUUCCGUUUUGCCUCAGAUACAUUUAGUCACCCAUUGAGACAGGACCUAAUUGCCCCGCACCCAGUUACACUCACAGCUCGAGUUCCAUUCCCACAACCACCGAGCCACCGAACCCUCAACCCAAUACAACCCGAACCCAAGCCCCCGCUCAAGGUGAGCAGUGUAAAAACUUCCUGUGCACUCAUUUAGUCCUGCUGAGCUGUUGUCCUUUAUGUAAGCAGCAGCAACAGCAGCAGCAGCAACACCAACUGCGACAACAGCAGCAGCAACACGAAGCAGCAACACGGAGCAACACGCCCCUUUCACCCGAACAAUACAAUACACAAAAUGAAACGAAAAGGAGCUGAAAAAAAACGGAUAUAGAAAUUCAAUACUUUGAUUCGUGCCACAAGCAAAACGAAGGAAGUGCAACCAUACAAGGUAACCAAAUAGCAGGACAACACGUACCACAAGCACUUGUUGGGAUGUUCAGCUUACACUGCGAGAAUCGCAAAUCAGGGGGUAAACUUGGGGAUUCAAAAACAAUUACCAAUAUCAUGAGGCGGCUAAGCGAAGGAUCUAUCCAUGAAUGAGAAGUGAGCAAGGAAUAUGCAGGAUAACUAUAGAAAGCCUUUCAUCGGCCUUCUAAACACCUUAUAUAUAUUAUACCCACUUACUUUCUGUUUCACUCUACAAACCUGUUUUGUUUAAA